AUGUCUCACGUCAGCCUCCUCCUCAUCUUACUCUCACUGGUCGAUUGGGUUGGUGCUCAAAUGAUGUAUACCGGAGCCACAAGAGAUAAGGCUGAGCCGACCCAAGCCUACCAGGAAGAGAAUGAUAUGGACACGAAAUCUUUUUUGAGUCGCGGUAAGCGUCUCUGCGAUCCGGAUGUGAACCAAGUACACGGUUACUACAAUGGUAGCGGUGAAAGAAGACUAUUCUUCUGGUUGUUCGAGUCCCGUUCUGAUCCAUCCCAAGAUCCUCUCAUCCUCUGGCUCAACGGGGGGCCUGGGUGUAGCAGUAUGAUAGGGCUCUUCUCAGAGAAUGGACCCUGCAGACUUAAUGAGGAUGGAAAUGGCACCAAGCUGAACCCGUAUUCUUGGAAUACCCGAGCGAACCUCCUCUUCGUUGACCAACCUGCCGGGGCUGGCUUUGCUGAGGGACCGCCCGUCACAAACGGCUCGUUCGGAGCCGCUGACGACUU